AUGUGCAAAUUGGGUCACGGCGGCGAUUACGCGGUCUGCGCUCAGCAACUGGGACAAACAGCACAACAGCAGCAACAGCAGGAGCAGGAGCAGAAGCAGAAGCUGGGUGCCCAAGCCCAAAAGGAAGACGACUCGAGGUGGCUGGCUGGCGAAUUUAAGACGGCGGCCGCUGCUGUGACUGCCGAGAUGCAAGCAAUGCCGCGGGAGAAGAGCCCUGGGUCUGGUAUGUGA